AUGACGCCCUUGUCCGCCUCGCCAAUCUUUGCGGCCAUGCCUGAGCCCCUGUCGUCAGACUAUCUCAUCACCCCUGCAUCUGGUAACGACGAGGCCUUCAUGAUGGCCGACUUGGACUCGGACUACCCCAACGACGGGUCGCUGGCUGCCUCCAUGCUGCUUGACAUGUGCUCUGAACAGCCUGACUAUCUCAUCACCCCUGCAUCCACAACCGACGACUAUUGCCUCUACACCAUGGGUCCGUGUCCGCCCGAGACUCUGUUGGUGGACGAUGGGCCGCGGCCGGGAUUCCACGACGACCCGCAGCGGCAGUUGUUGGAGUUGCAGCAGAGUCUAUUCGAGGGUCCCUGCGCCGUCGUCAUGGUAGAAGAGGUCGACGGGCUCCAGAAGACGAUAGACCUGACCACAAGAGCCUCCAACAUGCUGCUGAGCAUCAUCAUGGCGCUCAUUGCCUCGACAUCGGGCCGACUAUCUUCGUCCCCUCCGUCCUCGUCGUCAUCAUCCUCGUCUCCGGCGCCGGACCGCAGCAGGCGCGCGAGCAGCGGCUCCGGGACGACGACGAUGCUGCUGGUGACGGCGUGCUACGCGCGCAUCCUGCACAACGUCGACGCCAUCGCGACACGGCUGCACGACAUGGUCAGCUCAAGCGACCAGGCGGCGCUGCUGGCGCUGCUGCCGUGCGUGCAGAUUGGCUCGCUGAUGCCGGCCACGGUCGUCGCCCCGGCCAUCCAGACGUCGGUGCUGGUGCAGCUGCUCUCGCAGUCGCUGCGCGAGAUUGAGAAGAGGAUGCCGCCUCUGGCCCGCGCCGUGCUUGACCAGCCGCUGACAUCGACGCGCGGGCUGUCGUCGGGCGGCAGGUCACAUAUUGCCGAGAUUGUCGGCGCCGUCAACAGCGAGGUUGCUGGCCUCGAGGCCCAUGUCAAGAAUGUGCUCAGCGUUACGCUGGACUUGCUCAGUCACAGCGGCAGCCACCACGGCCAUGGCAUGUAUUACACGAUGGAGUGA